UAAAAGUGACGUAAGACCUACGACGAAGGUUCGCGAAUUCCCCUUCUCCCUUCGGUCUCUCCUCCUUUUACUUCCUCGCCGAACCAAAACAUAUCAGCCUUAAUUUCCAUCGCGGAGGGCGAUCCAGGCGACCAUGGCUUACGUCGAAAGAGUUAGUUGUCGUGUGGGGUGAGCAUGUGAUCCUGUAGGUUCAGGUGCUAGAGGAGCGAAUAUAGCGAGCUGUCAUCGCUGAUCUUGCUAAUAUCUUCCUCUUGUACAUCAGAUUUCACGAUGCAAGGGCAAAGUCCUCGAUAUAGAAUGAAUGAUUGUUCAUGCUUUCCUGCUCAGCAAGAGGAGAUUUUUAACUAGUGACUAUUCCCUUCAAUCUCUGGAAAUCAAAUGAAAUUUGUGUCAGAAAUUCCAGUUAGUGUGUGUUUGGAUGAGGGGGAAUCCGAAUUCCCCUUUCCAACCAGGCCCUUAGUGUUGAACUGUAGCCAAUAAAGUAUCUUAGCCUUAGACUGGUAGACAUCACCGAUUGCAUCAUUGAGCACAACUUUAGAAUUGACUGGAUAGCAUAGUUUGGUGCUGUCACCAUAUAUUUAGUUGAGGCAUCAUGGAUAAUAGUUGUGUGAAGGAGAUGCUGAUAAGCAAAAACAUGAUGAAUGACUGGGACAGAAGUGUGUGACUCAAUGUUUGUGCAGUCAUCAGUGUCCAAAUUUUUUUGCCGAAUCGGACACUGGAAUCCGAGUCGGAUUCCGACACCUAUGUCCGUGUCCAGGUAACACUGACAGUAAUCAUUCAUACUUAAUUUCAUGAACCUCUUCAUGUAGACAAGAGUGGCCGCAAAAUUCCCCAAUUUUACAGCUGAACUCGCUGGAGACGGGACCCUUCUUGGAGAGAGACGUUGAGUCCUCUCUACUCGUAUCUUUUUGGUCGUAUGUAGGUACCGGUAUCACUGAUGUUUUUGGAAUGAAGAGAAAUUUAGCUAUUAGGGUUGCAGGAAUCUUAUAAUAUACUUGAUAUUUUGAGCAAAAAUCCAAUUGUUUGUUUGGUUUAUUGGCUACCAGUACCAUGCUGAGUGAGUUCUUUCUUUUAUAUAUUGGAGAUGAGCGCAAAAGAUUCCAAUAUCGUCCAAUGAAGUGUUGAGCCAAGUCGAAGUGCCUUGCAAAUUUGAUAAGUUUGAGUUUUGAGGUCUGAAGCUGUUAGGAUGUUAUCUGACAUACCACCGCCAUACUGGCCUUACGAGCAGGGCUUGUAGAAAGUGGAACACAGCAAACGAUAUCAGGUGUUGUGAAAGACAAGCGGACAAUAUGGCGACUGAGCAUAAUCUCCGAUUUCUUUCGGGCUGUUGUGAACUUCAUCAGAGUGUUCUUUCUUACAAUGUUCUCAGUGGAAAAAACAGACAGCUACAAGAAAGGAUAUGGUGCCGGUAAGAAAUGGGAUGGUGGACCCGGUGGUGGAGGUCCUGGUGGUGGUUUUGGGCGGGGUCCAUAUGGAGGCGGCGGUGGGGGAGGUGGUUCCCGUGGUCCUCGCACACUAUCUGACAUCCGAUCAAAUGACCACAGUUCUCUCCCUGCUUGUGGAUCCUGCUGCGGGUAAUAAGCGCACUGCAAUUCUGUGUGAUGACCGCUUAACAGAUGAAUACAAAUGCUCCUAUAUGUCCUGAAGGACAUCAUAAUUCUCGUUACUUAUUUCACUGUCAUCCGAAUAAAAUCAUUGUGACGUUGUAAACCGUCUAUACUCUGUAGCCUGACUCUGGCAUGAUUUAGUGCAUUCGUGGUUUACCGUGUAA